AUGCUCAAGUCAUCACCAACUCAACCAAUUCAGAUAAGGGAUGGACCUCAAGAGCUAGCUGGUCGUCAAUUUUCCGUGGACGUGGUGCUAACAGCUGAGUUGGAAGCAGGAAAUUAUCCCAGCUAUUUUUUUAAGGAGCAGGUUGCUGAUCUUCCACUUAAGGAGACUUCCGCUCGUUCUCAAGUGGAUUCAGAUUAUUUUGGAAAGGCACACCAGGCACAAGCUGUGUUUAUGGAGCAGGUUGGUGACAAGCGACAUGAGUUAAUGGUGGGACACCAACUCACCAAGGAGGUGGAAGAUUAUCGUCAACUAUUUUUGGAGUUUCGAGAUGUGUUUGCAUGGAGCUAUGCUGAACUCGCUGGAGUAGAUCCAGAGCUGGUGCAACAUAGGAUUCCCUUGCUUCCAUAUGCAGUGCCACAACAACAAAGAGCUUAUAAAAUGAAUCCAAGCUAUGCUAAGGCUGUGCAUGAAGAGCUUCAGAAGCUAUUAGAUGCAGGAUUUAUUGAAGAGGUGGAGACUACAGAUUGGCUUUCGCCAAUCGUAGUGGUCCGGAAGAAGAAUGGUAAGCUUAGAGUGUGCGUGGAUUAUCGUCGCCUUAAUGCUGCAACAAGGCGGGAUGGAUUUCCUCUUCCCUUCACAGAUGUGGUGUUGGAUGGGGUCGUAGGGAAAGUUUUAUGGAUGGUUAUAAUGGAUAUAACCAGAUCCAAGUGGCUCCUGAGGAUCAAGCAAAGAUGGCAUUCGUUACAGAGUGGGACAGCACUCUGUCUGGAGUGGGACAGCACAGAGUUUGGUAUUUCUCUUAAUCCUGGGAAGUGCCAAUUCAGAGUAACACAUGGUGUGUUGCUUGGUAGGGUCGUCUUGGCUCGAGGCUUGGAGGUAGAUCCUGCAAAAGUGAACGUAGUGGAGGAGCUUGAGGCACCACAGACCGUGAAGGAGCUACAAGCUUUUCUCGGCCAUGUUGGUUAUCACCGACGCUUUAUCUGGCAUUAUGUCGAUGUAGCUUUUCCUUUGACAGGCCUCUUGAAAAAGAACAUUCCUUUUGCGUGGACCCCUGAGCAGUUAUCUCUGGUUGAGAAGAAUUAUACAGCCACUGAACACGAGGGCUUGGGAAUGGUUUCUGCAGAAAUUCCAGAUGCAUUCUCAACUCAAUCAGAAGCAGAGGAGCUGCUGUUAUACCAAGUUGUAGUAGCUAUGUUGGAGUGGUAUCAGGGUAUCGCAGAAUUUCUUGCUGCUGGCAGAUUUCUUGAUGAUAUGCCAAACAUGGCACAGAAAAAGCUUCUAUACCAGUCACAAGCUUUCACCCUGAUUGCUAGCCAACUUUAUAGGGAGGGAAGAGAUGGUGUUUUGAUGUGCUGUAUUCUUCCUCAUGAGGAUCAUUAUAUCUUGAUCUGCACGGAUUAUGUGACCAAGUGGGUGGAAGCUGAGGCUUUUACUGAGGAUAUGGCCAAGAAGGUAGCAAGAUUCCUCUACAAAAAUAUCAUCAUGCGCUUCGACUGCCCACUUGAGCUUGUGAGUGAUCAAGGUAUGCAUUUUAUUAAUGCGGUUAUUAUAGCUCUCAUAGCCAAGUAUGGCAUUUCCCAUCAACGUUCAACACCAUAUCAUCCAAGAGCAAACAACCAAGUUGAGAGAACCAAUAUGACACUAUGCAACACCAUGACUAAACUUUGCAACACAAGUGCUAGCAACUGGGAUACCAAGCUUCUUGAUGCACUAUGGGCUUACAGGGUUGCCUACAAGGAAGGGAGUGAAAUAAAAGAGAAGGUUCUUGGAAGGAUGCUUCGUCCAACAGCCUUGGAGCGCAUGGAGCGGAGGAUGUUGGCAAAGGUUCUAGUAGAGGUCACCAACGAGGCUAGAGACGAGGCUAGGCAGAUGUGA